AUGUCUAACGACUACUCAUCGUCCAGUGAUGAUGAAAACUUCAACCCAAACCCUCAACACCAAUUUCACGUUCAAAUUCCACUGCAACAGCUCAACUUGAAUGAAGUUCGUAAACAGAACCAAAAGAAGGACAAUUCAAAGUUUACCAAACAGACAUCAUCAAACUUCAACAAAGUUGCCAGCAAAUUCAACAACAAAAAGAAAAGUAAUGCUGGAAAAUUCCCAGAUUCGUAUACGCCUCGUGACCCAAGAGCUUCUUUGAAUGCAUCAAGACUGUCGCAUGGCUCAUUUGAGGAUACACGCGGAGAUGGAUACGGAGAUAGUGACUCGGAUUCCGACGAUGAUGAAUUUGACCCAGGUGGAUCUCGAUCUCAAUCUCAAUCUCGAUCUGGCGAUCAAAAUUUGCCUCAUUUCAAAUUCGAUGCUAAUGAAAUCAGAAAAAGUCAAGGUCCAGUCGAAAGCGACGACGACGAUUCUGAUGGUGCUAGUUACCAAGAUCAAACGCAUACUGACUUUACGCAUAUCCAACAAGCGCCACAUGAGCAGUUUUAUCAAACGGACUCCUCGGACGAUGAAGGUGAUGCAAGAGCAGGUUACAAAGGACGUCCUGAAUCCAUUCAUCAGGAUCCACUCGACAAAACAAAAUCCGGAUCGUCAAGAAAAUCAUCUGAUGAAAACUAUGCUGCAAACACAGCGUCGUCAUCGUCCGCUUCAUUGAAACAGAAUCGCAAACCAUCGAUGCAUUCAAUGCAUUCACACGAAACUAACCACAGCGCAUCCAAAAGAAGUACGAACAGUGCACCCAAGGAAUCAAGUGGUAAUGGUGCUGGUGGCCUCCGUGGAAUCCUUCGUAAAAUGUCAUUAGCCGAUCGUAUCCCAUCGCAAGACCACGACAUUAGUCACAGCGACGCAUUUUUGGGUAAAGUUUUAAGUGGAGGAAACCAAGGUUUGAGCGGGGGCGGAUUAGCACCUGGAGCCACUCGUUACUCAAGAGAUAGAAAUGAUGAUGAGGAAAAACGUGUUGGAUUUGCUGAUCAUGACGAUCGGGGUGGUGAAAAUCAUCCAAUUGAAUUACAACCUCUUUCUAAAUAUGAUGAUUUGAGUGAUGAAGUUAAGGCAUUGGUUGAUCAGCACAUCCCUGAAUCUGUGUUGCAUUCAAACAACACUAGUGCAAAUACAAGCGCCAAUGUAACUCCUACUCGCAGCACUGAGGAUUUGUUGAAUGAAAAAGUCAGUGACGAGAACAAGGAGUCCAAGAAGCGUACUAGUGACGAUGAACGUAAAGACAACCCACUUUACGCUCCAAAUCCUGAUAUUUUCCUUCGUGGCCAUAACGAUUCAGAACCCGAUAAAUUGGCUGGAAUCGAUGGCAAUUACAUUGAGCCACCAAAGCAUGUGCAAGCCGGUGUAUUGUCCUCCUUGUUGCGGUUAUACCAACAACCAUUGGAGAAUAAAUCAGCCAGUUCAUUGAGACAAGUAGACACAAAUGAUUCAGCAAUUGAUAGCUUUGAUGAACACAGAAGACCUACCCUGCAUUUAGACUUGACGAGAUUUGGAACAGAAGUUGGUGCUGGAGUCAAGUACGGAAUGAAGUCUGCGCAAUAUGGAGCUAGUAAAGGGUACAAAAACAUCAAAGCCUCAGGAAAAGCUAUUGGUAAAGCUGCAAACAAGGUGAGACACUAUGAUGGAAAAGGAAGAGGUGCAGGCGCUUAUGAUAAACCAUUGCCGGAUGGAAGCGAUGAUGAUUCAAACAAUGACAAUGACCGCUCCGGUGAAGGUGGCGAAGGCAAAGAAAAGUACGAUAACACCGGCUUACCCUCGUUCCAGAAUGCCAAGCCCAAGAUGCCGAAAAAGAGACCAACCGAUCCAGCAAACACAUUAAAGAAAUUGAAGCGUAACAAAAAGGCAGAGAGGUUGCGUAUCACAGUUCACAUUGCUGACGUGUUGCAACGUCAGCGUUUUAUCAUCAACAUGUGUCGUGCAAUGAUGUUGUACGGAGCUCCAACACAUAGAUUAGAGGAGUAUAUGGUUAUGACGUCGAGGGUGUUGGAAAUUGACGGACAAUUCAUCUAUUUCCCCGGUUGUAUGUUGGUGUCAUUUGGUGAUGCAGCAACCAGGACGUCGGAAGUUCAUUUAGUCCGUUGUGCACAGGGGAUAAACUUGGGUAAGUUGGUGGAUACACACCAGCUCUAUAAAGGAGUUACUCACGAUUUGAUUGGUGUUGAAGAAGCAACUAAGAAAUUGGAUGAUUUGUUGAAACAAAAGAACAAGUUUUCUCCAUGGUGGUGUAUGCUUUUCUAUGCACUCGGAUCAUUGGCAGUAACUCCAUACGCAUUCGAUGGAGGCUGGGCUGAUUUGCCGAUAUCCUUUGGAAUUGGAUUAUGUGUUGGGUUUUUGCAAUACUACGUCGCAACAUUGUCCAACUUGUAUGCCAAUGUGUUUGAAGUGUCCUCAGCUAUUGUUGUGUCAUUUAUCGCCAGAGGUAUUGGAUCUAUACGUGGAGGCGACUUGUUUUGCUUUAGUGCCAUUGCGCAAGGAUCAUUAGCAAUCAUCUUGCCCGGAUACAUCAUCUUGACAGGAUCGUUGGAAUUGCAGUCGAGAAAUAUCGUUGCAGGUUCCGUGAGAAUGUUUUACGCAAUUAUAUACUCAUUGUUUCUUGGGUUCGGAAUCACAUUGGGGUCGGCAUUAUUUGGAUGGGUAUACCAUGACGCAACAUCCGAAAGUAGUUGCCCCGCAGGUCACACAAUCGAUGACAAGUGGAGAAUCUUGUUUGUGCCGCUUUUCGCAUCGUGUCUUGCAUUGGUGAAUCAAGCCAAAUGGCGUCAAUUGCCAAUCAUGGUUAUAAUUGCGUGUAUUGGCUACAUUGCGACAUACUUUGCCGGCAAACAUUUCUCCAGCGUGACUGAAUUCACAGCAUGCAUUGGUGCGUUCAUAGUUGGAAUAUGUGGUAACUUGUACUCGCGUAUAUUCAAGGGUGUUGCAGUGGCUGCAUUGUUGCCGGCAAUUUUUGUCCAAGUGCCCUCUGGUAUCGCAUCCAAGAGUUCAUUGAUUUCUGGGGUGCAAACUGCCGAUGAGAUCACCAAUAGAAAUGGAACUGAGACGAUGACCACCGACUAUGCUAGCUCGUUGAGUUUUGGUGCCACAAUGACUGAGGUUUCUAUUGGUAUUAGUGUUGGAUUGUUUGCGGCUGCGUUGGUUGUGUAUCCAUUUGGUAAGAAGGGAACGGGAUUGUUUACCUUGUAG